AUGGCGGAGCCAUCCGCAGCUACGAGUACCCCAGCCAUCCGCAUCUUGCACGAAGACGACCACAUCGUCGUCGUCGACAAACCCACAAACUUGUUGAGCGUGCCCGGGCGCCACCCGGACGCGCCGCCGCCGACAAAGAAGCGGCGGCGCGUCGCCGACGCGCUGUCGCUGGCGCGCGCGGCCGUUGGCCUGCCGGACCUGCGCGUCGUCCACCGCCUCGACUUCGAGACGAGCGGCGUGCUCGUGUUCGCGAAGACGUCCGCCGCGGCCGCGGCGCUCUGCGCGUCCUUCCGCGCCGACGCCGCGGAGGCGAGCGGCGCCGCGGCGACCGCCGCGGCGCCGAAGAUGCGCAAGGUCUACGUCGCCGCGGUCCGCGGGGAAUUGGCCGGCUCCGGCGAGUGGGCCUGGCCGCUCGCGCCCGACGACGCCGCGCGCGCGGCGGACGGCAAGCCGCGCUACGCCGCCUGCGACGCCGGCGCGCCGGGCGCCAAGGCCGCGACGACGCUCUGGGAGGCCGCGGGCGCCUCGCGGCUCCGCCUCCGGCCGCAGACGGGGCGGUCGCACCAGCUCCGCGUCCACUGCCUCGCCGCGGGCCACCCCAUCGUCGGCGACCCGCUCUACGGCCCGCCGCCGGCGGACCACGAGCCGCGCCUCUGCCUCCACGCCGCGGAGCUCGACCUCACGCACCCGGGCACGGGAGACCGCGUCACCUUCGCCUCGCCCGCGCCGUUUUAG